AUGCAAUUGAUCUUCGCAGCCCGUCGGGGCCGCCGUGUUCUGCAUCAAGUGAACCUCCGACAGACCGCAUCUCUAUCGACUCGUGUGCCAAUCGCCGUCAGCCAUGUCCAACGCGUAUUUCGUGUCGCAGACAUCCGUCCUGCUGUUCAAAGCGUACCCAGCACUCUAAAACAGCUCGGCGCAGCUUUACCAAAGAAUCAAUACUCUACAACUACAACUACAACUACGACCUCAGCCGAUCCCUCGAAACCCAAACGUCGCGGCCGCCCACCCAAAGACGAAAAUGCCAAACCAAAGACAAAGAAGAAAGCCCCCAAGAAGCGCAAGCCCAAGAAGAAGGUCAAGAAAGUGCUCAAGCUCUCUGAAGACGCAUUAGAAAAGAGGCGCAAACAAAGACUGGAGCAAAAGGUCAAGGAUACGAUAAAAACAUUGAUUGCAGAGUCAUUGAAAAAAGAAGAGCCUAAAUUGAGGAGCCCGAUAGCCUGGAAUCUUUUUGUUUCCGAGAAACUCAAGGGUGUUGAAAGAGAGGCCAAGGGCCAAGCUCUCCGUGAUAUAGGUGCUCAAUAUCGCGAGCUUCCUGAAUCUCAGCGAGAGACCCUGACCCAGGAAGCGACCAAAUUGACCAAAGAGAAUGAAAUAAAAAUGAGGGAAUGGGUGCAUUCGUACUCUCCUCUACGAAUUAAACAGGCCAAUGCCGCCCGCAGGUUCCUACCAAAGUACAUGGCCAAGCAUGAGAAAGCUCCGAUCAUCAAACUCAGUGCCAUCCACGACGACCGCCAGGUGAAGCGACCUGUCUCCGCGUUCCUCUGGUUCUUCAAGGAGCGCGUGGCAACUGGAGAGUACCGCGGUCUUCCCGUCACAGAGAUCUCUGAACGUGUCAAGGCUGAGUGGCUCAAUACAUCGGACAGCGAGAAACAGCUCUACUUGAACAAAGCAGAAGAGGACCGACAACGAUACAUUACGGAAUACCGUGACACCUACGGCGAAGAUCCCAUUUUCGUCCAAAAAGACGGUAUUGCCAGACUCUUGAUAUGGAUCACCCGACUAUUACCCUUACACAAGUCGGCUCAAUGGCCUUUGAAACGCAUCAUUGGUGUCGCCUAUCUGAAAAGCCGCAGCUUGCCACUUAGACUUCAAAAUUAUCAAAAUGAAACAACCGGCGAAACAAUUGUGAGAUACUGUGGGAAACACAGCCUACCACAUAUUGGCACAACGCUUCAAUGCGAGGGUAAUACUCCAUCCUUCACUCUGCACGAGAUCGAAGGAAACGCUAUCUAUGAACACUUUUCUGCGGGUCACAGCGGUCCUGUUCUGUUCUAUUUCCAUGGGGGUGGGUAUGUACGCCCAAUCAACGGCAAGGGUCAAUUGCCUUUCGUCUUUGACUGUGCUAGAACGGCCAAUGCGUCAAAGAUAUGGAUUCUAGAAUACACUCUUGCUCCAGACCUUCUAUACCCUGGCCAGUUGGUUCAAGCAGCAACCGCAUUGAGAUACCUUGUCAAUGAGCGAUUGGUCAGCCCCGACCACAUCAUCCUUGGUGGUGAUUCAGCUGGCGGUCACCUCGCUUUGUCUCUGCUUGCACACUUCAAGUCACCGAAGCUGGGAGUACCUUCUGUCAACGACGCUCUUAGAACCCCGGUGCGAGCAGUCUAUCUUUUGAGCCCCUGGGUCACGUUAAAAUGCUCGACAGAAAGCUUUAGACAGCAUUCAAACAAGGAUAUGAUCACUCCCACCCGUGUGCAGGGAUUUAUAAGUGCAUGGAAACCAGUCAUAGAUGACAAGUGGGCAGAGCUCUUACAUGCAGGGACCCCUGAUCUUUGGAGCAAUCUACCCGCGAAAAGAAUACUCGUCACUGCAGGAACAUUCGAAGCUUUUAGAGACGACAUUGUUGCCAUUACACGUACUCUGCAGGCGAACAACAUGGAUGUGAGCUUAUCCCUGGGUGAAAACGAAAUCCAUGUUCAGAGCGCAGUUGAUCUUGCCGUAGGCCUCCCCUUGAGCAGAACCGGCUUGGAUGUGCUGCAAUGGCUUAAAAACAUGUGA